AUGAAUGCUUACAAUGAACCACUUCGAAAAUCUAAUGCAACGUUACUGCACGCAUCUAAGACGUCCGCCGAGGCCGAUGCCAUCGUUCGAGGCGUCGUGGAAGACUGGGUGCAAGCCACGCACCACCAACGUUACCUUCUUGAGUACGUUUUAAGCGCUCUCGACGAAAGGCCCCUGACGUUCCUCAGAGAGUGGCUUCUUGGCCACUUUCCGAGCAACGCCGGCGCGUACCUCACGCGCAUGUGGCAACCUCUUCUUGCCCAACUGUCUGCCAACCUGUGCGCCUUGGCUAAUAACGCUGACACGGACGCUGAGUCGCUCGACGACCUUCGUCGGCGACUGCAACGCGUCCAAACCGCAUCCCCUGUCUUGGAGGUGCUAUCCACCACGAUCUUUCCAGAGAGUGGUCCAUCGUCACACGCGCCAGCGUGUCGCAACAGCCCUGAGGAUACCUUCCUCGAGGUAGAAGAGGAUGACGACGACGAAGCGUUGUCCUUGGGAGUGAACAUCACCCUAAAGCGCAAGUCUCAACGGGAGAACAAGCAGAAACGCGGCAAGCGACCGCGUCAGAAGACGAUCGACAAGGGGCCGAACCUGAAAGCGUCCGAGCUGAACGCGUUUCGCGCGUAUGGAGCACCGGUACCGCAAACCCGUCGGGAGGCAGACGUGCUGCGUCACGAGGUGUUGGACGAGCUCAGGCAAUCGCUGACGUGGUACCUAGAGGUGGUACGUUGGCCUCAAACACACGAAGCCGUCCUCAACGCGAUCAACGAAGAGCUAUCGAACCCGCACCAGCCCAACUCGAGCACGAACGAGGAUACGCGCAUGGCGUCGCCGGAGCUCAGUCGCAAGAAUCUCGAAAGCGAGUCCGAGACGCCCGCCGCCUACCCGAUGGUGCAGCCCAUGAAGGCCGCGCUCUACUUCGACAGCGUCGAGGGCUUCGGCGAGUGGCGCAUCCUGGUCUCGACCCGAGCGGACAAGAAGCUGCGGGAGACAAGGAAAAAGGACCGGGAGACGUUCAGGAUUAUCGUCAAGAAGAUCAAGUCGGUGUUCUGUUACCAUCUCAUGAACGCGGUGCUUACCAAAGGCGCUCUCGCAUGUUCUUUCUCCAGGGAAUUGUCGACAGGCCACUUCUCCGACGACAACCAGAAGCGCUUGAACGGUCCUGAUACAGACAUCCCGAUCUUCGAAGCGAAGAUGACGAGGGAUUUGCGUCUCGUCUAUCAGGUCGAUUGCGUGCCCGAAUUUGGCACCGAUGGCGAGCGUCAAGUCAUCAAGAUAUUCGGAAUAUAUACCCAUGCGCAGCUUGAUCAGCGUUUUUGGAACUCAGUCGGAACCCAGCUGGCGAAGAAAGGCGGGAAGGAAUACAAGUAUAGGUGUACAUAUCGCAUGAAGCCGUUGACGAAAGGGGACAACGUGUACUUGCCAGCCUCCUUCCCGGCUCCUGAGACCGUAGUCGCGGGACCGGUUGUGGAACUUCCGAAUGUUCGGACGGAGGAUCUCGACGAGCUGCAUGCUUUGUUAGUUCUGGAGAAGUUCGUCACGUUCUCGCAGGCUUUCCUUAACAGUCUCCUCGCGAAUCAAGACGUUGUACAUCCUUUCGCGGUCAGUUCACAAGAACAGGAGAUCAUAGAGCAUCCGCACUCCUGUUAUGUCAUAGGUCGUAGCGGUACAGGGAAGACGACCACUAUGCUCUUCAAGAUGCUGGGACUUGAGCGGACGUGGCAUCUGCAUAAGGAGUCCAUGCCUCGACCGCGCCAAGUCUUCGUCACCCAGUCGCGUGUCCUCGCCACGAAAGUGGAAGAGUACUUCGGGAAGAUGCUGGAUUCCCUCGCCGCGGGUGCUCAGUCAGCGAAAGAGUUGUCGAAGCUCUCCACGAUCCGCACAGGGCGCGACGAAGGCCUAGUCGAUCUCGACGACGAGGAAAACUGGCGGAGUGACCUUCCUAAGCGCUUCAGCGAGCUGCGCGAUGAACAUUUUCCUUUGUUCAUCACAUACGAUAAGUUAUGUAAGCUGCUCGAGGCCGACGUCGAGACGACAAUCCAGGACAUCGGGCCGAUGAACGACCGGCUGGUGGACGAGGAGCAGACCAACUCGAACGAGUACAUGCUGCAGAAACGGGACUCCUUCGUCUCAUAUCAUGUCUUUUUGGAAUCUUACUGGUCCCAUUUUCCGCAGUCUUUGACUAAGGGCCUUGAUCCCGCCUUGGUUUUUAGCGAGUUCAUGGGAAUCAUCAAAGGGUCCGAGCAAGCCGUUCUUAGUGAACGUUCAAGCCUCGACCUCACUGCAUACGAGAGCCUCAGUCAUCGAACUCAGUCAACAUUCGCACGCCAGCGCGGAGUAAUAUACUCUCUCUUUGAAGCGUAUACGAAGCAGCGUAUUCAGCUCCGGCAGUACGAUGCUGCGGACAGGACUCAUCGCCUCAUCGCCUCGCUCCAGAAUCAGAAGGCCGGCCAUAAGAAGAUUGAUUACCUAUACGUGGACGAAGUGCAGGACAAUCUUCUUAUAGACGCCCUACUGCUGCGCAUGCUAUGCGUGAACUCAAACGGGCUGUUCUUCGCAGGGGAUACGGCUCAAACGAUUUCUGUGGGCAGCGCCUUCCGGUUCAACGACUUGAAGGCAUUCAUGCAUCGAGUUGAGGAACGGAGCCGGGCGGCAUCGAAUACUUCUAUUGCACCAGCUCCCCCCGUGCAGCCGCGCUCCUUCCAGUUGCUGGUGAAUUACCGUUCGCAUGGGGGUAUCGUCAAAUGUGCAUCCUCGCUCAUUCGACUUAUCAUCGAUUUCUGGCCGUACGCCAUCGAUAUGUUAGAUGAGGAGCGCGGGGUCAUCGACGGCUUGAAGCCCGUCUUCUUCCACGGAUGGGACAAAGAUACAGUUCGUUACGAGCAAUUCCUCUUUGGUGACGCUGGUGCUCCCAUAGAAUUCGGUGCUCAGCAAUGCAUUCUUGUUCGGGAUGAUGCCGCAAGAGACAGGCUGCGCGCAGAUGUCGGCGACAUCGGGCUGAUCAUGACACUCUACGAGUCCAAAGGACUAGAAUUCAACGAUGCACGUGUCCUGUUGUAUAACUUCUUCGAAGACUCAACCGUGGAUGUGUCCCAAUGGCGCGUCACUCUCAACGCCGUCGAUCCGGAUGCGCGUCAGAAUGCAGCGGCUCCUCGUUUUGACGAGAUUAAACACGCGGGGAUAUGCAGCGAGCUGAAAUUCCUCUACGUGGCGGUGACGAGGGCGCGCAAGAAUCUUUGGGUUGUGGAUUGCUCAGAGCGUGGAGAGCCCAUGAGGCUGCUAUGGACCAGUCGCGGCCUUGUGCAAAGUUGUACGCCCGGCACUGACGUGCCAAAGCUCGCCGUCUCGUCGACAGUCGAGGAAUGGGCAACAGCCGCGGAAGCACUCUUCCGUAGCAAGCGGUUUAUGCAGGCAAUGCAUGCAUACGAACGUGCAGAGAUGCAGCGUGAGGCUGCGGUCUCGCAUGCGUAUCAUCUUCGGGAUAAGGCGCGCUCUACGACGACUGGCGUCCUCAAAGCUGCACGUGCUAGGAAGGAAGCAUUUGCCAAGGCAGCACGUGCGUUUCUCACAUCUGCAGAAGGAGCGACCAAGGAAAAGAUCGCAUACUACAAGAUUGCCGGACAGUGCUUCGUCGAAGCUGAAGACGAUGUUAGCGCAGCGAAAGCUUUUCUGCACGCCCGCGAAUAUACAUCCGCUGCCCAACAUUUCCGAAAAGCCGGGCUAUUUGAUGAUGCGAUCAGUGUCAUUCGGGAUCACAAAAACGAUGUGGCAGAAGAGGUAGCAGAGAGAAUCGUCAACGUUGCUCGCAUACACUAUUUCGAGAACGAGCAACUGGAAAAAGCGGCCCCGCUCUUUGCCUCUUUCGAAGAGGAACUUGAAUUCCUUGAGGACUUUGACUUCGACAUCGCCCGGGCAAAGCUCUUGGAAUCGAAAGGACGCAUACUCGAGGCGGCUGAGCUGCAUCUGGCCGAAGCCCGACCUCUAGAUGCAAUCCGCUUGUUUCUCACUGACUCUGCAAAUCCGAAGAGCCUGAGAAGAGCAGCAUCAUGUCUAGUCCAAGGCAUGUGGACCUCAUCACCACUGGGCACCGUUGUCGGCCAACACGGAGGGUCAUUGGCCCAGUUCCUGGCAUUGUCUGGUCGCCUUGACAAGGCUGCUAUUGCGGAGCAGCAUGCAGACGAGGCAAGUCAACCACUGAUCCUGUAG